AUGGCAUCGUUUAGGUUCUGUGCUGAAUGCAACAAUAUGUUAUAUCCCAAGGAGGAUAAGGAAAAUUCAAGAUUGUUGUAUUCUUGUAGAAAUUGUGACUAUACCGAGCUUGCUGAAAAUCCAAAAGUAUACAGACAUGAAUUGAUUACGAAUAUUGGGGAGACUGCUGGAGUAGUUCAAGAUAUAGGCAGCGAUCCAACCUUGCCGAGAUCAGACAAAGAGUGUCCUGCUUGUGGAAAUCAUGAUUGUGUUUUUUUUCAAUCACAACAAAGGAGAAAAGAUACUUCUAUGAUUCUAUUCUAUGUUUGUUUAGAGUGUAAGAAUGUAUUCCGUGCAUGA